CUUCCCUCUGCUCCACCCUCUGCCAGAGCCUCACAGAAGCUCAAUCUGUUUCACCAGAUAGAUCCCUGUGUCAACUGCUGUGCUCACGCGUGCUAGCCUGGGACAUCUGACUCUACUGAGAUAGUCGUUGGUGGCAGCGGCAUCCCUUUCUUGCUCUGUGCCACUCUGCCUCACAGAGAGGCUUGCUUUACACACUUUAAAAGUCCAUCCUCAGCUCUUGGAACCCUGCAUCUCUAGAACCGGACCCCUCACUCUUCCUGGUCCUGCUGCCAGCAGACUCUGAACCAUGGUCCGCAUGGAGCAAGAGGCCAUCAGCUUCUCCUUGGCUACACUGGGCUGGCUGUGCGCCAUUGUGAGCUGUAUCCUCCCCUUUUGGAAGGUGACACUUCCCGAUGAUGAGACAAACCCAGAUGACAGCAUUUGUGAGGGCCUGUGGCACAUGUGCCAGGUGGAUAAAAGCAACCGGAUACAAUGCACCUUGUAUGGCAUCCGGCCCGCAGUAACUCAGGACCUCAGUGUGGCUCGAGUCUCCAUGGUCAUCUGCAUCAUUGGAACAUGGCUAGGUUUGCUGCUGUGCAUGAUUGGGGAUGAACGCAUCAGGUGUGUGAAGAGCAGGGGCAUUGUACUCAAGAUCAUGAGGGCAGUCAGUGUGAUAUUCCUCGAUGUUGGCUUUCUGGUGCUGAUAUCCACGUCCUGGGUGUCCUACAAUGUCAGCCGUGGCUUCUCCAACCCACUGCUGGGUUCCACGAAGAAAACAGAGAUGGGUGCCUCACUCCGCUUAGCCUGGGCCAGCUCACUGCUGCUGUUGCUGGGAGGCACUCUGCUGUGUUUUGACUGCCCAUCACUCGAUGACCUCUCUAGACUCACCGUGGACUGUGCUAGCAGCCUUCAGGAGACAACGGAGAUGCAUCGGGUGUUUCAUUCCAAAAGUGAGCAGGAGGCCCAGUGAACUUGCAAGACUCAAGAUGCCCUCUUCCCAGGUUCUAGAAUCAGUGAACUAUUUCUAGGGGCAGAAAAGACACUUGGAUGGAGCUGCCCACAAGCUGUGAGGGGACUCCAGGGACGCAGCUGGAUGAGUUGUCACCAUGCUGAGGUGGGCUUCUUGGUGAUGAAGCUGCCUGAGUCACCUAUGAACCUAUAAGAGACCCCAAUAAAAGUCAUUGUCCCCCUCCCCCAAGCUGGACUUGGAUGGAGUUGUUUCUUUGGUCUGUGGUUGCUCUCUCAAUUUGGACUGACUGGAAACAGACCAAAAGGGAAACAGAAUGGUGAAACCAGGGUUUUCUGGCUGUUGGGGGAUGGGUGAGAAGAGACUGAUCCAGCCUGGUGCCAUCCUGGUCCACUGGGACACCUUCCUAAGGGUCCUGUCACCAGGCUCAACUCUGAAAGUACUGAUAGCCUGCCACCCUGGCACCUCCGACACUCCCUUGAAGAAGAUAAGCUCGGAUGUUGAUAACCACCUGCUCCUGGCUGGCAAGUCACUGGGGUACCAUUAUGUCAGCCCACUGGAGACUCCAGCCUGGCUCCAUACAUUGUGUGUGUUCUGUUCUACAUGUAUGUGUGUUUGUCCCCAUGUGUGAAGGAGAGAAAAUAUGUGUGGAGGGCAUAUGUGGAUGUCAGAUGUCUUUGUCCAUCACUUUUCUGCCUGCUCUUUGAGAGAGUCACUCACUGAACCUAGAACUCAUGGAAUCUUCUAGACUUGACGUCCCUCCUUCAAACUCCAGGGAUCCUCUUGUCUGUGUUCCCCAGUGCUAGGAUUACAGGUGUGUACCUCCACAGGCUUUCUUUGACGUGGGUGUUGGGCUCUGAACUCAGGUCCUCAUGCUCACAUACAUGUGGCCAUACAUGUUAGCCACUGAGUCCCUCAGAUGGGCUUUGGCCCAGUGCCCCCAUUCCUCAUAAAAGCUGCUGGCUGAGGAGCUGGUCCAAGCAGGACUGAGAAGCACCCUUUCUCCAGAGGUUCUGAGCUGUGUGGUGAGGAAGGACUGUGUGUGGAAGGGUAGGGGCGGCUGUUCCUCCUGUGGCUUGGUCUCCUGUGAACCCAUGUGUCUCUGUCAUUCUUCUCACGGCUGGGACAAAAAUGACUCAAGGAAGGGAAGGUUCU